CAGCAGCAGUUCUCAGUGCCUGCCUCCGUCUCUGCACUCUGCUGCAUGGGCAGGAGAGAGUCGUGUCCCUCUGUAGUUUUGGUGGAGCGUGAGAAAAGAAAUAUAGACUUUUUUUUUCUCGAAAGAAGACAAGUGUUAAUUCAUGUCUACUUGUUUCUAUCAUUUUCACCGAGGUCGCGCUCGUGUCGGCUGAACGUCAGUCUGUGACGUGCUGCGGUUAAAUGUUACCAGGAAAUUUACAGAACAUCACGGCAUGCUAAGUUGCUGUUCAAACAUCUGUUUUUUUUGUCGUUGUAUUUGUUUGAACAGCUGUAGUACGCGUACUUCCGUGGAUUUUUUGUGUUUUCAGACGCUGGUUCAGGCCUCCAUAAAGAAUUGCAGAACUGGGAUUACUUGGAUGGAGUGAGACAUUACUGUCAAGGGAGAUCUACAAAUCUGGAUUAGGACAAUCGAAGUAGCAACUCUGAAUCUUCUUACCUGCAUUCAAACUCCAAAAUGGAUGGAAUUGACACUUUGCAGAGCUCGGCUCUAGAGACAAAAGCUGAGCGAAUCGCUCGCUAUAAGGCAGAAAGGAAGCGGGAGCUUGCCGAGCGCUAUGGAAACACAGACGAAUUUACCUCCAAAUAUGUCCGCAGGGACAGGAAAAUUGACGACACUGCCGAAACGGUAUCUUCCGAAAAAAAGGAGAAGGAUAAAAUCGAUAAAUACGACGAUAAUGGAUCAGAGAAAUCUUACACCAGGAGGGGCCUCAGGAAUAAAGCAGUAGAACCAGUGGACCACACUGAAGAUGAGCCGGAGCAGGAAAAAGUGGAGACUCACCACAGAGAGACAGAAGUUGUCACAUCUAUCAAGACUUCCUCGCAAUUCAGACUGAUAGAAACUGAUGACACAGAGGAGCCAAAGGGUGACGAGAAGUCUGAGGAACCAGUCAGGAGGACUUCCAAAACAUCUCUUUCCAAGAACCUGGAGGGGACUGAGGAUGGAGGCAGCGGCCAACGAGCCAACGCCAGAGUGAAGUGUCAGCUGAUGAGCAGUCAAGAAGAGGAAUCCUCUGGCAGCGGAAGCAAAGUAAUGGAUGAGAAAGAGGCCUCAGAGGAGCUUCAUGAAAAUGCUGCGACUGUAGAGGAAGAGAAGCCUCCAUCCCUCAGCAAUGACCAAGAUUCCUCCCCCCCUUCCUCUUCUCCCUGCCAGCAAACCUCCCUGCAGCGCCAAGACUCUGGGCCUCGGGGCAUCAGGGGAAUACUAAAGAAAAGCCGCUCUACCAGCUUGGAGUCAGACCACAGUGAGGGCUCGACGCCUGAGUGCACGCUGCCGGCCCGCCAGAGCAGCGUCACCCUUAGCCACCCGGAGAGCGAGGAGGAGGAGGAGGAGGAGGCGGAGGAAGAGGAGGAAGAAGAGAUAGAGGAAGAGGUGGAUGGGGAGAGUGACAGAGAGGAUGAGUCACUCACUGAGGAUAUGACGGAUGGAGGAAGCUUCAGCAUCGACACACAGCAGAGGGAGGAGAGUGGCAGCAGCAGCGGGGGCAGCUUUGAGGAGAUGCGGAGUCCCUCGCCUGAUGAGAGUCUGGAGCAGAGGUCCUCGGUGUCAGAGGAUGUGGAGGAGCUGGAGAGCAGUUUGGAUGGAAGCACAGGCUCUUCUAUCAAACAGAGACUGGCAGAGUUUAAUACUGAAGGUGAGAAGACGGACAGACUGAAGAAACUCAAACCAUCUGAUCUGAUCCAAACGUCUCUGGCUGAUCGCUUUGGUCAGCUCCAAGAUUCUGAAAAUGCCUGGAGGAAAAAGAAAUCCAGCGUAGCCUUGGAGCCGAAGAUGUCCCUGGCAGAUAGGAUGAAGAUCCUUAAAGACAAGGAGGAGCAGUGGAAGAACAGAGGCAAAGGAGCAGCCAACGACUCCACCCAAUUCACUGUGGCUGGACGCAUGGCCAAGAGAGGUCUUGUGUUGGACACGGGAAAAGAAGAGUCUCCUCUCAUUGCUCUCAAAAAGUGUAAUGCCACACCAGUAAAGCCACACGAAGAAAUCUCCAGUAGAAGUGACGUAAAGGUAGAAGGAGAUAAAAGGCUUGACAAGCUUGAGUCUUUCCUCGACAAGCUCCAUAGUAAAGGCGUGAGCCAAAGCAAGUCAUCCACCAUUGAGGUGAUGGCACAAACCGAGAAAGAAGUGAUGACCCUGGAUGACGAGGAGACGUUCGGCAACUUCUACAAAUCUGUCUCGCCCUCGACGCUCCAGGACUCCAGUUUGGUUCUGACAGAGGAGGACCUAAGCCAGAUCCAGGCUAACACACCAAAGCUGGACUCAGCCGUGGCAGAACACAAGCGAGCUGUACGACCAGCCAGAAGGAAUCAGGGCUCCAGGAACCCUCUGCGAGCUCUGGCUGCCCGCAACGACAUCCGAAAGGUCUACACUGAGCAGAGGCUGAAUGUAGCAACAGUGGAGACUAAGAGGAUCCAAGUGGAGAGGAUGGCAAAACAUGCCAGAUCAAACCUGGCUGACGUGGCCUUGGCGGGUCUGGCCAGCAAGGAGAACUUCCGCAAGGUCAACCUGCGCAACGUCAAGUCCACGGAUGUUGUGACCAACAACAGUGCUCUGCCUUUCAACAAGCUCAUGCUCAUUCGCAUUAAAGGUCGGCGGCACGUUCAAGUGCGUCUGAUGGAGCCAACGGCGCGCUCCCUGAACAGUGGUGACUGCUUCCUUCUCAUAACGCCAAAACACUGCUAUAUGUGGAGUGGAGAGUUUGCCAACGUCAUUGAGAAAGCAAAGGCGUCUGAGAUGGCAGCGUUUGUUCAGGCAAAGAGGGACCUUGGGUGUAAAGCCCCGCAGGUGACGAACCUGGAGGAAGGCAUCAACACUGAUAGCAGAUGGGCCAACGAAUUCUGGAGCCUGCUCGGAGGAAAAACCAAAUACAGAGGGGCUGGGGAGCCAGAGGAGGACGAGCUGUAUGAGAGCGGAGUGUGUGACUCUAACGGGGUGUACAGACUCCAGGGAGACAAGCUGGUGCCUCAUGAGGACGCCUGGGCCUCCAUCCCAAGCGUCUCCUUGCUCGAUUCUAAAGAGGUCCUCGUGUUUGACUUUGGCAGUGAGGUGUACGUCUGGCAUGGGAAAGACGUCUCCUUGGGUGACAGAAAAGUGGCUGUUAAAUUGGGUAAACAGCUCUACAGCGGCAGCUAUGACUUCAGCAACUGCAGAGUGAACCCUUUAAACGCUUCCUGCACGGAUAAAGAUGUACCUCAACAGGGGGAGGGUCGUCCGAGCUGGACUCUGUUUGGUCGGCUAUCAGAGCACAAUGAGACGGCCCUCUUCAGAGAGAAAUUCUUGGACUGGGCCGAGAGGAAGAAGGAGGAAGCAGCACAGCUCGAGGAAGUCAAGAGUCCAGUCCACUCAACUGAGCGUACCUCCUUCGACUUGGACCUGCAACCAUGUGACGCCAAAACCCUGCUUGACAAUGAGCCAGGGCCGGUGAAGACCGUCCUUGAGGGCGUGGACGUCCAGCGGGGCCACGGCAUUGUGAGGGCAGAUGACGGCAGACAGGCGGAGCUGUCCACAGUAGCAGUAGACUCCUGGCACAUCAAAGAGCACGGAGAGGAGGAGCUGCCUGAGGAGAGCCUGGGACAACUGCACCAAGAAGACACCUACAUCAUCCGAUGGAAGUACUCCAUCACUACACUCGUGGGGAAGCGACAGAAACCCGGUGAGCUGAGUGCGGGGGCUCCUGGGAGAGAGAGGACUGCCUGUUUUUUCUGGCAGGGUCGUCACUCCAGCGUCAGUGAGAAAGGAACUUCUGCGCUGAUGACCGUGGAGCUGGGCAGCCACAGGGGGUCACAAGUGUUGGUGACUGAGGGAAAAGAGCCUCCGUGCUUCCUCCAGCUCUUCCAGGGAGGUUUGGUCAUCCACAAGGGCAGCAGAGAGGACAGUGCCAACAACACAGAUGGCUGGAGGUUGUUCUGUGUCCGUGGUGAGGCCGAGGUGGAGGCCUCUCUGGUGGAGGUAGACUGCCAGCGAGCCAGUCUGCGCUCUCGUGCCAGCUUGGUGCUUCUGAAUGCUCAGAAAUCUCGCCUCUACCUGUGGCACGGCUGUAAAGCUCACGCCAGCGCCCGGCAGGUGGCUAAAAGAGCUGCGGACAAAGUGACCCAAAGGUGCCCCUCAGAGUUAGGUCUGAGCAGUGCAAGCAGCCUCGAAGUGGAGGAGGUGGAGGAGGGGUCUGAACCGGCAGAGUUCACAAAGGCUCUGGGUCCGCAGCACAAAAAGGCCUACGACUGUAUGCUGCAAGAUCCAGGGAAGUACAAUUACACACCCCGGCUGUUCCGGUUAAGAGCGAGCUCAGGGGUGUUCGAAGGGGAGGAGAAGCUGUAUCCAGCCAGGGUGAUGGAGGGAGUCAUGGCCAUGCCCUUCCUACAGGAGAACCUCUACUCAGCGCAGCAGCCAGCCCUGUUCAUGCUUGAUAAUCGUAUGGAGGUGUACCUGUGGCAGGGCUGGCAGCCUGAUGACACACAGUGCACUGGUUCCGCAAAGAUCCGCUGGAACAAUGAGAGGAAGUGCGCCAUGGAGACCGUGCUGCAGUACUGCAAAGAGAAGAAUUCUCGGAGGCCCCCUCUGGCCUAUCUGGUCCUUGCAGGCUGUGAACCCCUCACAUUCACCAACAUCUUUCCAUACUGGGAGAAAGACGCCAGUAUCCCUUCAAAGACUGAGAGCUCCAAAAGCAAGGUGAUCCUCGUGAAGGAGGCUCUGUCCAAGCUCAGUAAACAGCAGUACUCCAUCGAGGAACUGACCAGGAAACCACUGCCAGAGGGAGUGGACCCUCUACGCCUGGAGGUCUACCUGUCCGACCAGGACUUCAAGACGCUUCUUGAGAUGAGUCGAGUCGAGUUCAACGCUCUGCCAAACUGGAAACAAAAGAAUCUGAAGAAAAGCAAAGGCCUCUUUUAAACGCAUCUGUUUGGACACAAAACUGUCUGUUUUUUAUGUUUGAAGCAGCUUGUCUUUACUAUGUUUAUUCCCCUCAUAAAAAAUGUCCUUAUUUUUAAAGGAUUAAGAAAAGAAAAUGUACAAUUGUGUUUAAAUAUUCAUCUUUUUUUUAUAAUCCCUCUUUUAACACUUUUCACCCGAGCAUUAUGUGCAAUUGUUAAUCUUUGAAAUGGUGAACCUCCAAUUAUAAAUAUGUAAUAUACUAUGAAUGAAUGUGUUAUUAAGUGUACGCCAAACAGUGUCAACUUCUGGGUGGGAAUGUGUUUGUAUGUGGAGUGUCUGUCUGAAGACUGUGGGAGUGUUUAUUGUGAUUUUUGUUGGUAUUUCCUGAAAACAUAUAAUUGGAACUAGGUUAUUCAGCCAAACGUUUCCUCUUGGAAGUUGACAAAGAAAAGAAGUAAAAAAAGCUUCCCUCUAAUCUGUGAUUGUUUAAAAGAAACGUGAUGUUUUAAAAAUCAUGAUUGUAUUCGAGACAUCUGAUUUGUGUUGUAGGAGAAAAAAAUAUUUUUUAUCUUUUUUAUAUUUCUAUUUUAACCGGCGUGUUCUAAAGUACACUCCAAAAUCUCAAAGCAAAUAAAAACAUGAAACCUGAACACUGACUAUGCAAACAUCACGGUCAUCCUUAGACUGACCCAAAAAUAUUUCUUAAGUUUGGUACUGGAUACUUCCUGGUUUAUAUGAAAAGCUGCCUGUGUGCCUGUGAUUGUAGAGCUAUAAACAAUUGGUUGUUGGGACUCAAUGUGACUGUUUUGUCUUCUUAUAAAUGUUGUAUGUGUUUGUAAUUCUGCAACUUUAAAAGUAUUAAGUAUAUUUGUGUUAUGAGAGAGACAGCGAGAGAGUAACUGUGCUGUAUAAAAUUGAGCAUGGCGUUAGUUCAGGCAGGCCACGGAGUCAUGCUCUGCUUUCAUGUCAGUGUUUCAUUGUGAACAGCUGAUCUCAUGCAAGCCCUCUUGCUGAUUAGCUUCUAAGCAUCCAAUUUGCUAAUCACACUUAUGCCGCCUUAUUUAAGAUGCUCUAACCUGCCUGCUCUUUGCUGCUCCUUCUGCAAGCCGCGUUUGCAACCCUCCUCUGCUCCAGCUCCUCCUUUUAUGUUGUGUCUGAAUUAAUCAAUGUCAUGAUGUCAUCGAUGCCUGCUCUGUUUGGGGGAGUUUUUGCUGCAUCUCUCUCACCUUAAGCUUUCCUUGUAUGCACGGGAAGGGCAGGAAUGUGGAUGCUUCCCAAGUUAACGCGUGGAAGGGCAGGGAGAUCCCAGAACGGAGCCAUACCGCCAAAUAAAAAUAUUUUUAAAGUA